AUGGAUCUUCCCUUAGCGUUACUGCUGCUGUUAGCGGCGGUAGCUAUUACAGGCCGGAAUGUGGCAGCCUUGUCCAUCCCCGCGGAGCAGGAAGUGAACGAUCCGGAUCUGGAUGACAUGGAGUACGAGCGAGACAACGGUGGUGAUUCGCUUAUUCCACAGCCUAUGGUGAUGCGGACGGAUUUUGGCGAACCGGUACCAACGGUACAGAUACCGAACAAGGUGGGCGAGUUUGUGACGAUGACGCGGAUGGACGUGCAGGAGUUGCAAAGCAACGCUACCUACUUCGAAGCCAACAAGUACGUCCAGUGCUAUCUGUAUCGGGCAAACACCACCGAGAAUCGGUACGAGUUUCACUUCAACGGAUUAAGCUCGAUCGAGCAGGCCGGGUUCAAACGCGGCCUACCGACGGCGAUCCUAGUGCACGGUUGGCUCGGCAGCUCCGAGUCUGUGGUGAUUGAUCCGCUCGCCAAAGCACUGCUCGCACAGGAAAACAAGAACGUGAUCGCGGUGGAUUGGGAAAAGGGAGCGAGCACUUUGCUCUAUCCGAUCGCCCGGUACCGUGUGCCGAAGGUUGCCGCACUAGUCGCCGCCCUGAUCGACAACCUGGUGGUUGGACACGGCCAGGACGUCAAUAAGAUCGGCAUCAUCGGGCACAGCCUUGGGGCACAUAUUGCGGGCAUUGCCGCCAAGAAGGUACGAUCAGGCAAGAUUGGUUACAUCGUCGGGCUGGAUCCGGCUUCGCCCCUGUUCCGGCUGAAGAAGCCGGACGAUCGGCUCUCGGCAGACGACGCCCAGUACGUAGAGAUUAUUCACACGAACGGCAAGGCGCUCGGGUUCUUCACCAAUAUCGGGCAGGCGGACUACUACCCGAAUGGUGGCGUGCGACAACCCGGCUGUGGCCUCAGCUUUACCUGUAGCCAUUCGCGAUCGGUAGACUUCUUCAAGGAAUCGCUCAAAAUACGCAACUAUUACGCCCAGCGGUGCGAUGGCCUGACGAACCUUGGCCCUUCCUGCACUACCGAUCGAACCGUGCUGGGCGGGUUGGUGUGGAAAUCGGCGAAACCGGCCGGCGUGUACUAUAUAGCGACCGCCUCCAACGAACCAUUCCUGCGCAGUAGCAGCGGAGUCGGUGAUGUGAAGCCAACGUCCAUGAUCAUCUCGCUGCUAGCACUGUUCAUCACGUUACGGUGCAGGUGGCAGAAUUGAAGACUGAAAACGCAUCAUACACCUCACCGUUACCGGGUUCCGAUCGUGUUCAAUUCUCGGAUUGCAGU